AUGGCCUCGGUCACAAGCGAGCAGUCAGCUGCGUUUACCUGGGCGGCUGAGAAAGUGGGUUGGCCACUGCUUCGGUUAAGCCUAGGCUGGACUGGCGAGUUCACCUCCAAAAUCGUGAGCCGGCUGAAGCUGUGGUACGCCAGUGGAGGCCUCUUGGACAUAGUUGGGGGCCUGGCCUACCGUCAGCGAAACAGCGCGUCAUGGCGGCCACCCGUCCAGAACUACGGGGGCCUUGAGGAGGCAAGCUAUGGCUGGCCCUGUCCCAAGAAGGUCGAGAAAAUGGAUCCGGGCGUGGGACCCUGCCUCCGAUUUAUUGUCCAUGUAGACUUGAAGCUGUCCGACUUCCAGGCCAACGACGGCGACUGGCCUGCUGAGCUUUCUGCGUUGGCACGCUGCUGCCUGGCGGCACUCUGGAGGGCGCACGGUGCCUACUACCGCUGCAGCAUUUCCUGCGCUUUCCGGGGUGAAUUGGGAAGCCCGGGAGCGGUGGUGACGCUGUUUCGGCAGUUCGCCGGCCAUUUCGCGGGAAAGGCCGCCACGGAGCAUCAGCUGCUGACCGCCUUGCAUGGUGCGAUCACGGGGGCCGAGCCAGCAGGGCGAAAACGUCGGCCGGGGAAGCGCGCCGUGCGUGUGCAGCAGCCUCUCACUGAAGAUGACGACCUGUGGUCACUGCUCGGCAUUGGAAAUUCCAAGGACACAAGCUAUACUCAAGCAGGUCCAAAUCAUUUUCAGUUUGAGCCUCGUAUCUUCGGAGCUGUCACGGAAUUCAACUGA